AUGUCGUCGAACGAUUAUCAAUAUUAUGUAUCGAAUGAACAACGAAAACGGAGGAUAAAACUAUGUCUUUUGGAAGCAUUGGUUUCUGCUCUUUUUAUUAUACCAGCUUAUCCUGUGUCAAUUUGUUUAAAAAACACACUUCAAACACAUAUCAUCAACUCAGUAAAUCUUAAGCCAGAUUCAGAUAGUUUCAAAUUGUGGUGUAAUCCACCAAUAACUGCUAUUAUGACUUAUCAUCUUUUCAAUAUAACAAAUCCUAUUGAAAUAGUUACUAAUCCUGCUUCUGCUCUUAUACAAGUUAAGGAUACUCCUCCUUAUACUUAUAAUAUAGAAACAAAUAAAAUAAAUAUUCAUUGGUCAAAUGAUAAUAAACGUUUAAGUUAUGUAGUACAACGAUUAUUUACUCGUGAUCCAAUUCGAUUUGAUCCAUCAUCAAUUAAUCAUACUGGUGUAUUUAUUGAUUUACUUCGAGCAACUUUCCGAACACAAUAUUCAGUUAAAGCAGUGCAAACAUUCUAUGAUUUCGCUGGCAUGGAAACAUUUUAUCAUCGAAAUGCUGUCGAACAAAUAGAAGGAUUUACUUCAGAUUUAUUUAAUAUGGUUCAAGACUACAUGAUAGGACCAAAUAAAAAGAAAUCAGGCUUUGUUUAUCGACAAAAUGGCAGUGGAUUAUUUAAUUUUUCAAUACAAGUCGAUCCAGAGAAAAAAGGUCAAGUACAAACAUUUGCUAGUGCAUUCGCUUCAUUUAGCAUAUCUUCUCCGUCUCAUUAUAAAUUUCCUAUUUAUGAUGGUCUUACAUUUCCCUCAAUGCUUUUUGAUAAGCCAGCGUUUAAUAUUCUUCAAGGUGAUUUUUGUCAUCCAAUUCUUCUUGAACUAAAUCAGAAAGUAACUAUGUUUGGAGGAUUGCAAAUGUAUAAAUACAAAAUUAAAUUAAUCGAUUUUAAUAAUUGUACAAAUCAAAGUGAUACAAGAACAUGUAAUGAAGUCGAAAAAAUAGAUAUAUCCAAAUGUAUAUCAGAUAAAAUGCCAAAAAAUACAAUCUUUUUAUCGAAAGCACAUUUUUAUGGAAGUAAUAGUGAAACAAUUGAACAAAUGAAUAUUCAAGGAUUUACACCAACAACUGAUGAACAUGAUUCAGUUAUAUAUUUUGAACCAUAUACAGGUAUACCAUUCGAAGCUGUUUAUCGUAUGCAACUUAAUAUUGAUGCUAUUAUUGAUCCAAUGAAAAAAUCAAUGUAUGGAGAUGGACUUGAACAGACAACACAUAGAAGUGUAAAACGUUUAAUACCUAUUUUUUGGAUUGAUCAAAAAGUAAUUAUAUCAAAAACAGUUAUAAACACAUUGCGAAUACCACUUUUGUUUCUUCAUUAUGGAGAAUAUUUUACUAUAGGAUUAGCAAUUGGAUUAUCGAUUGGUUUUAUUCUUUAUAUAGAAUUAAUCAUUGAACGUACGCAUAAAAAAAGUGAUAUACACUUGCAAAUUAUAUCAAUUGACAAGCAUUAA